UUCCAUCAGUUUCUACUUGCUGACACUGAGACUUCCUAGUGGUAGGCAAAAUGGCUUUUCAUUCUGUAUUUCUUGUUUUCUUAGCUGGCCUGGCAUUUUUCUCCGAAGCGUCACCAUCGGACUCUCCUGACUCCAAGCAUCCUCUUGUUAUAAAAAUUCUGGAUUCAGUCCGAGGAAGUCCAGCUCCAAAUGUUCCAGUUAAGUUAUAUAAAGAAGCUUCAGACGGAUCUUGGGACCUGUUAAAUACAAUACAAACCAAUGACAAUGGAGAGUUCCGUGAGCUCAUAACUAAAGAAAAAUUUGCAACAGGGAUAUACAAGAUUGAGCUUGACACAGCCACUUAUUGGAAGAAAAUGGGCUUGAAUCCCUUCCAUCACCAUGCUGAUGUGGUGUUCACAGCUAAUGAUUCUGGUUAUCGACAUUACUUCAUUGCUGUUCUCCUCAGUCCCUAUUCUUACUCAACUACAGCAGUAGUUAGUGAGCCAGUGGAAUAGAAGCUGAUAUUAAGCAAGAAAAUUUAGACAUGUAAAUUAAAAUUUCCAUAAAUGAUAAGAUCUAGGUUUCUGACUGUAUCAACAGCUUUAGAUUUCACAAUGAACCACUAACAGUAAGAGUUGUUUAUCCACUUCCUUAACUUUGGGAAGCACGUGUAUUGUCUUUGUUUUCAAAUACUCUUCUGAAUAAAAGUACUCUGUAUUCUGUAA